AUGGCCGCGUUUCCAUACAGCACCACCUUGGAUAACGACUAUUCGCAUCUUUACGAACCCCUCAUAGAACAGCAACAACAAAUUAGACUAUUUUUCUUAGAUAUUCACGACAAUUGCCAGGAAAAUGAACCCAUUAGCGGCACUCUGGUCCCUUUGGGCCUCGACGACGCCAAGACUCGAUUUAUAGCAGUAUCCUACGUCUGGGGUGAGCUGGACAUAUCGCAAGCUAUUCUCAUCAACGGCCGUCCCUUUCCCAUUUCGACAAAUUUAUUAGACUUUCUCCAAUCCCAUCGACGGCGGUGUCGAGACAUGCCCGAUUUGCGCAUGUUGCCGCUAUGGAUUGACUGCAUCUGCAUCGACCAGGCCGACGUGGAAGAGCGCAACAGCCAGGUCGCCCUGAUGAAAUCCAUCUACACAAACGCCGGCAUGGUCAUCUCCUGGUUCGGCGCAUCUUUCCAUCUGUGCGACUGGACUUUUGAGGUGCUGAGGAACUUCAAGGAGCAAAUAGACAAGACACAGCACUCUGAUGUCUCAAAGGUCUCAGAUGUCAGAUGGCUUGACUUAUUCCCGCAAGCAUGCAAGCAGGACCCCUCCUCCGAUGGACUCUUAAAAAGCGUUGUAUGGGAUUCAAUCAGGGAACUCUGCGAUCAUCCAUAUUGGAGUAACAUCUGGAUAUUCCACUCCCGGGAACUCUCUCAGCAAGUUAUGGGCCUGCAGUCCAUUCUGCGUAUCUGGGAUGCACGAGAAGUCAAGGACAGCCAAGGCUGGGCACUCCUCAAUGUGCUGCGCGACCACGACGCGAGCGACCCCAGGGACAAGAUAUAUGCCAGUCUUGGCGUGACGGGCUUGCAGAUCAUCCCCGACUAUUCGAAAAACGUCAAGGACGUAUACGUCGAGGCAGCAGCAACCCUCAUGAAGGACCGGUUCGAAAUGAUGCUCAUGCUCUCUGGAGAAGUCGACACGGAGUUAUUAUCGUCAGAGCCUCUAGAUUUGCCAUCUUGGGUCCCCGACUGGAGUCAUAGCACCCCCGGACUGUACUGCUUGAAACACCCAUACGCAGCGUCGAGAGGCGCCCCGACGGAACCAGGGCCUGUCAUUGACGGUUAUAGCCUGAAUUGUUCCGGCGUCGUCUGCGACGAGAUUAUAGCAGUCGAGCCUAUACUAACACCCGAGGACUGCCUGGACUUUUGCUGCAGAUACAUGACCAGCCGGACGACUGACAAGUAUCCGUCUGGGAUACCGCAUCUGCGGGCCUUGUUUCAACUGCUGCUAUCGGACUGGGAGACCAUGCUCAACUGUCGAGCAGAGCCAGAAAGCAUGAUAUUCCAAGUCGUCGCCUGCGGCCUCUUGCACAUCUUUUUGAGCUUUGAGAUCAAGUAUAGGGAAAAGAUGGGCAGAGCGCAGAUUGAUAACCCGCUCUACACGCUAGGCCUUGCAUCAAAGGAGUCGGACCUUUCCACGACAUUCUGGAACAAGAUUGUGGGAACUCGCGCCGAGUCAUUCAACUGCAUCAUCACAGGCCCGCGUGAACAGCAGCCAGCAAAUAUGAAUGCUAUUGGGGCGCAGUACUCGGCGACGGUACUGACGGGCCUCGCAGCGGCAAUCAAGGAUAGAAAGAUCUUCCACACCAAGAAUGGUUAUGUAGGGAUCGGCCUCGAGAGUGCAGAUGUAGGCGAUCAAGUUUGUGUCGCCUUUGGCUGCAACUUGCCCAUCAUCCUCAGGCCCGAGGAUUCGUACUACAAGCAUAUUGGACCAAGUUACGUGGUCGGCUUGAUGGAAGGCGAGGCCAUGACGGACGUGCGGAAUGGUAAGAGGCAUUCGCAAAGAUUCGAGAUACGGUGA